AUUGAUUUGUGACUAAAAAGGUUUGGGACUCCUUCUGCUUGCAAGUAUCAUGGCGAUCGAAUCACCCAACUAUCCAAAAGACCAGCAGCAGCCACGAGAUGCCAGAAUCGUCUCUUUAAUUUUACAGUCACUGGGCGUUCAAGAUUACGAUCCCAAAGUGGUGCAUCAGUUACUAGAAUUCGCUCAUCGUUAUACCUCUGAUGUAUUCCAAGAUGCUCUAGUUUAUGCUGAACAUGCCAACAAAUCCGAUAUCGAUCUGGAAGACAUUCAGUUGGCUAUACAAGGUCGCGUUAAUCACUCCUUCACUACUCCUCCACCCAAAGAAUUCCUGCUUGAACUAGCUCGCGAAAAGAACAAGGCACCUUUGCCAUUAAUUCCAGAAAAAUACGGAAUUCGUCUUCCAGCUGACAAACAUUGUUUAACAGGCAUCAACUUUUCGAUUGUUCCUGAUGCCCCACCUCCACCUCGAGCGGUAGUUGACAAACCGGCGCCCGUGCACGAACCCACUUCCGAAACCGCUGAUGUGACCAUGAUACAAGCAGCAACGCCACCAUCACAAUCAGAAGCAGCAUCCAAACGCAAACGACACGUACCAGAAGAAGACGAUUAUGAUAUUUAAGAACCUUGCGCCCCCAAAAUGUGUAAAUAGCAGACUGAGUAAUCACGAUUAAAAAAAAAGCUUAAACAUAUCAAAGCCUAUUCACUCUCAAGAGUAAUACACAGUUUUGAUGGACACAAAAG